AUGGACCUGGCGCAGCAAUUUGGGGCGGUCAAGCUCAAGAAGGCCGCUGGUGGCACCCACGACCGCAGCGCACCCAUCGUCGCAGGGCAGGAGCACGACGCGUCGUCGUCGGUGGAGCAGUUCAAAAACAAGAUCCACGCCGUAUCGCGCGCGUCACCAACGCCCCUCCACCAGUCCCGUUCGCCUGUGAUCGAUGACACUCCUCCACACAUUCAGGAGCACACGUUCGCCACCGAGUUCCUGGACCUCUCCAUGGACGAAGCCCGGGCGCUGGUGCGCGAGUUCGACUGCCAGCGAGGGAGACAGGGCCAACAACAACAACAACAACACGACCAGCACGCGCAGAGCGAUGCGCUCGCGCUGGCCGACCUCGAGCGCAAGAUCGAUGGCCUCAUGGGCGCAUUCGCGCGCGACGGCGGCGCCUUCGUGCGGCUGUCCACGCGCAGCCCCAAGGACGCCGUCAUCAGCAGCGAGCGCACCCUCCACGAGUGGCAGGCAGAGCUGGCGAGACAGGGACCAGAGGCGGAGAGGGACGAGAACGCGAGGCUGGUGGCGCUCAUCAAGGCGUCGACGGCGGCGCUCAAAGUGCGGUCGGGACGCGAGGCGCUGGCGCUGGCCAAGGCCAGCGAGCGGAGCAACGAGGACCUCCUGCUGGCGCUCGAGUUCCCGCACCAAUGGGACAUGAAGAUCAUCACCCGCCAAUGGGUGGAGAUGCAUCCGGCGAUGGAGUUCCGGGGCUUUGUGUGCGGCAAGAAGCUCACCGCCCUCUCCCAGUACUUCCACAUCGUCCACUUCCCCGCCCUCGCCGCCCACAAGGACGAGAUCGCCCGGCGCAUUCAGGCGUUCUUCGCCGAGCGCAUCGUCGACCUGAUCCCGCUCGACAACUACGUCAUCGACUUUGGCAUCGCCUCGGCGACUGACGACAUCGUUGCCGACGGCGGCGGCGGCGAAGUGCUGGUGAUCGAGCUCAACCCGUUCAACGACUACGUCGGCUGCGGGCCUGUUCGACUGGCGGCGCGACCGGCGCGUGGUCGCUAA